AUUCAUAUCAAACAUGUAAGUGCGCGCACUCUCUCAUUCUAAGUUUGGAACAAAAGAGUGUCGGGAUGAGAGUGCUAAGUUUCCUUAGCAUAUUCGUUAAUGCUGUAACACUAGGUUAUAGCACAAAAUGUUUCGAGUGUAUGCACGCACAAUUUCCGAGUGAUUGUACACAGAUAACAGUUUGCAAUUCUGAUGAGUAUUGUCUUACACAACAAGUGGUAACAACAAGUGGAAACAUAGUGUAUAACUCUGGUUGCCUAUCCAAAUCGAGUUGCUCUGCUGUUUCGGCGUCUUUCGACGGUAGAAGGUCAACAAGCAUGGCAAAUAAACGUUCAGCGGACAUCAUAACUUGCGUAGAGUGUUGUAAAGGCGACUUCUGCAACAUGAAAGGAUGUGGAUCACACGAAAUUCCGCCCGCACAACGUGGCCCAUACUGUUAUACAUGCGACGCACUAGAUCCCAAAGCGUGUACAAAUGUAAAAAUCUGUGGUAAAAAUGAGCUCUGCAUGCUCUUCACUCCUGUGGAAUUAAGUAGCCUUCCAGAAAUUAUUUACAGAGGUCAAUGUGAAUCAAAGGCGGCAUGUGAUGCAGUGUCAAUGGCAUUUAUCAAUGCUAAAUGUGUGCCUACGUGUUGCAAUACCGAUUUUUGUAAUGAUUACUGCGUGGCGCCAACUCAUGCUGCUAUGACGUCAUCGCAUGCCAAUACUACUGACAAUAAGAUACAGACAACAGAAGAGAACACAACUUUGCAUCCUACAGAACUAUCAACAGUUACGACACUUCAGUCGCAACGGGUUUCCACUACAGACGUACGAAGGACAGAAACGCCAAGUAAGCCAUCUUCACAUAUAUCUACAACACCUGGAAUCACUCAGUCAUCAACGACACAUGGCCAGUCUUUCCACUGCCAGGUCAAAGAUGGUUUUGUACAUUUACAAAAUUCACAUGCGCAAUUAUGUGUCCAUAUUGUACUUCACCAUACACCAUUGUCUUGGGAUGACGCACGAGCUUCAUGUAAAAGACAAGGAGGGGAUCUUGUUGUCCUAGACACUCAUGACAAAGCUCUUUUAAUGAGGAGAGAACUCAACAGUCAUACUCGAUAUCCAAAUAACGAAUUGUAUUGGAUAGGAGCAAAGGAUUUUUCGAAACAUGAUCAUUUCUCCUGGGUACAUGGUCACCGUUGGCAUAACACAGCAGCCGAUUGGAGUGAUGGUCAGCCGGACCAUUUCAAACAUGGCCAUGACCAAGACUGUGUCUGCAUGUUUAGAGAUACAACACCAUCUUUCGCAUGGCACGAUAAAAAUUGCAAUUUUGAAGGAAGUUAUAUCUGUGAACGAAAAUAAAUAUUACAAGAUAUCGUUCAUGUA